GUUGGUUUCAACGGUCAGUCACUUUCCCACGCUAAGGACCUGCUCGUAAUUCCGCCUACUUCUUCCUUUUGUUUUUUCAAUUUUCUUUUUACAGAUUUCUUUUCAUUAUGCUUUUAAUCCAUAUUUGCAUUUCUUCCUCUUUCACCUUUUGAUCCUCCGUCAAGCUUCCAUAUCAGGUAAGCCCGCUUUUUUUAUUUUAUUUUUUCUGCCGUCCUUUUUCCGCGAAAUGUAUAAAAGAUGUGAAAUUUCAUUCUGUUUAGGAUCAGACUAUUUAGUUUAAUUUGUUUUCUGAAAUCGCAAUGUGCAUUGUGUUGGAUGGUACCCUUUUGAUGAUCAUAUCUGUGUGUGGGUUGUUUUGUUCAUUCCUUCAUUUUAUACAAUUAUGCGGAGAAAUUUCUAUGGUGGGCAAUCUUUGAAAUGCAUGAAAACAUUAGAAUUUGCUGAAAGUUUCUUGCUUUGUUUUUGAAUCACACAAAAUAGGUUUUCUUGAACUGAAUCUGGGUUUGGUUGAUCACAUUUAUUAGGUUAGGUGAGUUUCCUUUGGUUUCUAUUUAAGUUUAUCGUUGUUAGUUGAUUUGUCAUUAUAUCGCACAGUUGGGAUGGUGAGAGUUUGAUGGGUGGUUUUGUUCUGGGACUUGCUGUUAGUAGCUUCUAUCAUGGUUGGUGAUGCACAAUUACAUAUGGUCUGCAUUGAAAUUUUUUUAAAAAAAAUUGUUGUUUUUAAUUCCUUUUUUUGUUGUUUGUAGCUUAACUGCAAUGCUGUGGUUUUGAUGUUCCUAAUUGAUUCCUUGUGUCUUGCUUUGGCCGGUUGAAGAUGGGAUGCUUAACUUUGAUUUGGGAGGGUAGGAGCAUCUAUUAUCUUUCAACCAGUGAUUUCCUUGAGUUUUCCUAACUGGAAGGUCAUGAGAUUCUAGAGCAAUUGUUAGGCAGAUGGCAGCAAAGGAAAAUUCUUCUGUACAAGUGCAGAAGAACUUAGAGGGGUUUGUAGCCAUUCUAACAUCUGCAGCAUGUGAAUGGUUUUUUAUAUUUCUUCUGCUUGUCAAUGGACUAUUAUCCUAUUUGCUGACUAAAUUUGCAAACUAUUGCAAUUUGCAAAAGCCUUGCAUCUUUUGCUCGAGGUUUGAACAUGUUAUAGGCAACGAAAAACCUCAACUUUAUCAGGAUCUACUUUGCAGCAACCACAUAUCAGAGCUCUCGUCUUGGAUAGCUCGUCAAGUUUAUGGUAAGCAUGAUGGAAAUGAAACUUGUGAAGAUUCCAACCCAGAAACGCACAUUCUUUUGGAUGGUAAGUCAGGAUUGGAUCUUCGAAGUUCCGGUUCAAAGAGGUCCAACCAGAAGAGAAAUUUUGUUCAUAGUUCUGUGGGUGCAAGUCCAUGCUCUUAUUGCAGUAGGCAUCGGAGACCUAGAGAAAAUGCUCAAGGACUGCGACGGAAGUCACCUAGUCCCAAACCUAAUAUUCCUUUGCCACGUUUUUCAACCCGUAGCCGUUUACCUCGUCGGGAUGGUUCAAAGAAGAUGAGGGAUAAAUUUCCUGCCUCAGUAACUGUUCGUGGUUCCGGAAGAGUUGGCUGGGAUCCCAUGUCACAUGUAGGAGGAUACACUGAGUUGAGGGUUUGUUCUAAUACUGACUCUGCCCGUUUUCCGGGAAAAAUUGGUUGGGAUCCCUUGUCACAUGUAGGAUACACUGAGUUGAAGAUUAGUUCUGAUACUGACUCUGAGUUUCCAUUUUCUGAUGACGACGAUGGGAGCAGUUUCAUCAGUGGAAUUCAUGAGCCUAAGAGGGAACGAUUUGUAGUUCAAUGUGCUUCAGAAAAUCCAUUCAAAGCACCAGUGGAAGGUUUGAAUCCAGCAAAGCAAAGCAAUGUUUCCUACAAAGACAAACCUUCACCUUCUGAUCCAUGUGUGCAGCCAGAUGGUAGCAAGGCCUCUGAGGUAAAGGUCUUGGGUGCCAAUGUUGCUGUUGAGAAUGGCUUCGAUGAGCCUAACUGGCAGCAAGCGAGUUGGACGUCCAAUCCUUCUGCAUUAGCUGAGCUUAUUUCACCAGAUGAUGCCCCCCCAUCAUCUAAUGUUGUUGAAAAAACAGAUGGUACUGGGACAAGCGACAUUGGACAUGCAUCCACCAAUAAGAACGAUGAACUUUUGAAGUCUAUAAGGGCAACAGAUGGAGCAUCUGCUAAAACUGAUCCUAUCAUAGAUGAUCCAGCUCUUGUAAAGCCAAAUCAUAUUAGUGUAAAUGUUGUGUCUGAGUCAGCAGCCACCGGUAAAGAAGCAGAUUUGUCUGGUAUUGUUAAAGAACCUACAUUGAAGGGAGUUAAUGGGGAACUGAAACCGUUGGCUUCACAAAUUUCUUCUGCUCAGCAGAGUAAUUUAUCAUCAAAUAAUACAAUGUCUGGGGUAAAUGGUUGCGCUGAUGAAAAGCAGGUAACUGAUGCUUCCAAAUCUAAUCCAAAGCCAAUGAUUCAUACAUCAGCAUCAGUAGAAUCUGCUCUUGAAUCUCUGGAUGAAGGCUAUGUCAGUGAAAUUGAAGGUGAAAGUCUAGAUGAUCGGUUAAAACGACAGGUUGAAUAUUACAGAAAAUGCAUAAAGGAAUUGUAUAAGGAAUUAGAGGAAGAAAGGAGUGCUUCCACAAUUGCUGCAAAUCAGGCAAUGGCCAUGAUCACGAAGCUGCAAGAAGAGAAAGCUGCAAUUCAUAUGGAGGCCCUUCAGUACUUAAGAAUGAUGGAAGAGCAGGCUGAGUUUGAUGUAGACGCACUGGAAAAAGCCAAUGAUCUCCUGGCUGAAAAGGAGAAAGAGAUACAGGACUUGGAAGCAGAGCUAGAAUUUUCAAAGUUUGAUGUCCCAGAUGAAACAAUGGAGAAUAUGCCGCUCAAAAGCUCUAAUUUGAAGGGUGAAAUUGACACCACUGAGAGUACUGAUGUGCCCAUCAUAAAGAAUGAUGUCGAAGUUACUUGCAACUCAAGUACUGUUGUGCCCGGCAUAGAAAAGGAUGUUGAAGUUGCUUGUAACUCAAUGGAUACUGAGGUACCCGAAGCUAGUAAUGAUCGUCUUUUUUCUGAAACUACGCUUUUAGAGUUUGAGGAUGAAAAAUUAUACAUUUCAAAUUGUUUGAAGAGCUUGGAGAGGAAGCUUUCUGAAAUUUCCUGUAAUGGGGUUCCCUUCAACAUGCCUAAUGGUGGGCAGGCUAGAAAGUAUAUGGAUGAUGAACCAAUUCAAGAAGAGACUCCUAUAAAGGAGAGGGUUCUAUUAAAUGGUCAGGUUGAAGAGAAUGUUGUGCAUGGACAAAAAGAUUUACAUGUAUCUAACGGAAGCUCUGCUGCUCAAGAGGGGCCAGCUCAUUCUGAAAGUUUAGACCAUGAAGAAAAAAAUGAUUCCGAUUUCCAUGGGCAAAAUGAUUUCAUGGAUCAUAGAGAAACCGAGUUGGUUGUUCUGGAAAAUGAAAUCUCAGACCUUAAUGAUAGGUUGGAGGCACUAGAGACUGAUCAUGAUUUUCUUGAGCACAUGCUUUACUCUCUUCAAAAUGGAAAUGAAGGCCUACGGUUUGUUCAAGACAUAGCUCAUCAGCUGCGAGAAUUGCGAAAAAUUGGGACCGCUUUCAGAUGUCAGUCUGUUUCCUAACCUCAGCUGCACCAUCACAUGAUUUAUUUGAAAUACAAAGGCAGAAAUCAAAACCAAUGCUUCGAGUUUCAAUCAGCGAUCAUCUGAGUGCAAAAAUGAAGAAAUCAAUUGCAUUCCUUCGGUCACCUACAAUCUUGAAAACCCAAAAUGACUCUUGGAAGAAAAGAA